AUGGCUGUAACAGUAAUCGUGGUUCUUACCGCCAUUAGGCUGAUUAUCAGUGGCAUAAUUAAGAAUACUUUUUCAGAUUCUCCAGUAACUUUGGUUGAACGAUCUGUCCAGACGAAUGAUUGGGGAGUUCCACUGGAGCAAGUUGAUGAUAUCUCUACACGGCUCGGCAGGGCCACAUUCAGAACUGAGCGGGCGAAGGAGAGUGCAAUAUUGGCAAUGCCGGCAAAUGGUGCGCUGUUUAAAACCGUUGUGCAGCCGGACCGACAGGACCAAACAGCAGGCGCAGCGAUGGAGAAGCUUACUGAAACUGUUCAAGCGACUGUUGCAUCGAUGGACUUCAUGGCUAUGAUUGAUGAUAGUAUUAAUUCGGAAGAUCCUAUGCUUCCAAACGUAUAUAUGGAGAAGGCCCUCCAUGAGGCAGGUUAUGAUAGGCAGGAAAAUGACAAGCAGCCAUGUGAAACACCAUCACAUGCAUUUGAUUAUGAUGGCUCGCAGUGUUUUGGAUCGGCUGCUCCGGUUUCACUUGCGUCACCUGAAUUUGUGUUUUCUGGAAUCGAUAGUUCAACGUUUCCUGGCACUGACAAUCUUGGCCAGCUGGACCCAUUCUUUGACCAGAGGAGCAAGAGAGAGAGAGAGGAUAGACGAGGUUAG